AUGGAGGGAGAUGAGGCUGCAUCUGAGGUGAGUAAGGCAUAAUUAAGGUUCUUUUUAACUUCUGUAACAAAUCGUGUUUCGAGUAAUGUAAAGACUGCUGCCAUAACAGCAAAAAAAAAGAAAAAAAGAAAAAAAUGCAGCAAAUAUUCUAAGUCAAUUAUUUGAUUUCUGACUCUUGAACCACCGAUCUGCAGUUAAUAAUAACAGAAUUUAUCAUUUCUCUUACAAAGUUACAUGACAUUCAAGUCCUAGACAAGACUCAAAUCUAUGUGAACCCUGAAAACUAUGUAACUCAAGAAGCCGUCUCUAUUGACGCUGUGUUUCACACACUUCUCACUCUACUGGACCAGGAGGUGGCACAGGCAUCCUGAUUUCCAAGAACUUUAGCAAGCUCUGGGUGUAGCUAAUUCCCAGAUACUCCCCAGUGAAUCUGGGAAUCUGGAUGUCAUGACUGAUUACUUUCGAGACACUUUGCCCAGGCAUCUGUUAUUAUUUCAAGACUUGGUGCACCUAUAAGGCUCACGCUGUUUUGCGGACACCAUCUCGACAGCCAGCAGUUGAAUGAUCAGAUGCGGCUAUACACCUCAUCACUUUUCUGAUCAGGCAAUGGACCAGAGAAAACUAUGGAGCCCAACAUAAUUAUGGCAUAUUCACACAAUGAUUCCACAUUUCAUUUAGUGACUAACGUCGCCAGGAGUAAUUAACGUCAUGUCAUUAACGACAUGUAUUAUGGUCUUUUUUACAUUUACGAUGAGUCUUUCCCAGCAGUUUCAAAUUAGCUUCUAUGUUGCCCGCUCUGGCCUUCUGGAGACACUUAACUAUGGCUGUGGACUUCGCUAACUUCACAUUUCGGAUGACAGUGUCUCCAAUAACUCGAGCAUCAAACUUCGUCUCAGCAGGUGUGUUGCCAAGAAGGGCAAAUUAUUUUGACAUGUGAACACACUGGUCCUUUGUGGGCUUCCUCAGCUGGCUGCUAUGCUUCCCUUGCACAGUAACCCAACUACUACUACAUACCAGCUGCUCCGGAUCUGCAGGGGGGGAUUCCAAGUCCCCUUGUACUUUUGAGACACUUUGCCCAGGUCUGUGAUAAAAAUUCAGGACUUGGUGCACCCCAUGAUGAUAAAGACAAUGUUGACAGGGUUAUUGUGACUGUAUAUGAUUGGUGAUUCACUCAAGUUGAUGGAAUGAUGAUGAAAAUAUAUUACUUUGAAAAAUGUGCAUACCCCUGAACACCGCAUGGCAACACUUUGCCUAUUUGCACCUUUGCAAUGCAUGAUGAUGUUGAUUUUUUAAAUUGUGGUCUAUGAGUCAAACAUCAGAAAGCAGGGGGUAGCUUAGGGGAGGGCUACCUGUGAUGUUUAAUUUACCACCGCAUGGUGACAUGAGUAACAAUCCACCUCCCUGUCAAAACAUGAUCCCCUCUGCUUUAAAUAUUCUAAGAAAAUUUUGGCAAAAAUGUUAAACUGUUGUUGUUUGUCCCAGGUACCUGUUUAUUAUGUUCAGCAUGGGUGUGCUGAUGACGAUUUUCGUACUUUCAACCACCUGCUAGCUGUCCAGGGGUUAAAAUCCAGGUAUCGAGAUCAAGUAAGUAGGAAAAGAGAAUCAUCAAACCUCAUGGUAGAUUAUUCUUUCUGUUUCGUUUGAUUUUCAGUCACUUAUUUUUGUAAAGAUAGAAAGAUAGAUACUUGAUUUAUAACAAAGGAAAUUCAGUUGCACAAUCAAUCAUCAAACUUCAUCAAAUCAAUUUAUAAAAUAGCGCAUAGUGUGAAAAAAAACAAUCAAAAUGAAGAAUUUAAGUAAUUGGUAAUAAAUAGCAAAUGAUAAAACAGAGAUUGACAAUAAAUAGCUGAUGAUAGUGGGGUAGAAGGUAAAAACAUAGUGCAAAGUGCAGAGUGAAUACAUGUGCAGAAAAUCCCACUCGCCCCUCAUCCCUCCCCUCCCCAGUGUAACAGCCAAAUGGAUCUUUUCGCCCUUUUCUUCCUGUUAAGUACAGAUUUUACUUCCCUGGUCAUCCAGGGUUUGCUGUUUAUAAAACAUUGUCCUGUUUUAACAGGAACUACUGCAUCCAAACAAAGGUUUACAUAGUCUGUGAUGCAGUGAGUGAAGCCCUCAAUCUCCUCCCCAAAAGAAUCCAGCAGAGUAAAUGUUGACCAAAAAAAUCUUUUUUUGUUUCAGAGGGCUGUCCAUUAUACUCACGGUUUAUGUGAUGGUGAAAAGUGGUAUGUUGGAGAGAGGAAAAAAAUCAUCCUGGAGUCACUCAACAAUCUGGGAAUCGAGUGUGCUGAAGUAAGAAAGAACACAAUCAAACAUCAUAGCAGAUAAUCUUUUUUGUUGCUUUUAAGUUACAUCUUAUAAUAAACUUGAGAUGGAUUGUUAGGCUCCAGAUUGGAUGCACUGGUAUCAAGACAAAUUAAAGCAACAAUUUUCUUCUUUGUAACUAAAGUUAAUGAUCGUUUGAUGAUUAUUCCCAUCAGGACUCUGUUCCUCACAUCGCUCUGCUGGGUUCAGGUGGAGGUACGAGAGCAGCUGUGAGUCUGAUGGGUUCCCUCUAUCAGUUGGAAAAAGAUGGUCUGCUGAACUCUGUGCUCUACCUGGGAGGAGUUUCUGGAUCAACAUGGUAAACACAGUCACUCACACAACAGUCAUACGGUAGGAAACAGUGUAAAAACAAUACUCAGGAGGUUACAGCUACAUCUUUUUCUAUAGUUUUGUAAGUGAGAUGGAAAAUAUAAUAUAUGAGAUGGCACUGAGAGCACAACAGUACUCUCACACAUAUUACAGCAGUCUGGAUGGCCCAGUCAAAAUUACCUCCUCUACUUCUUAGCUGUGUUCAUGUUGACUGUUAACCGCGAUGCAUCAUAUUAUAGUUUUACAUGGCAAACAAAACCAGAGGAAGGCAUUGAUCGGGGAACUGUUGAGCAUAAGGGCAAAUGAUGUGGGUAGCCUGAACUAGUUUGAAAUAAUAAUUGUUUAGAACCUGUUCUCAGUUUCUAUCCUUGGUGACAGUAGUAUGCCCUGCAGUGAAACAAAAACAGAGAGAAAGGGAGAUGUCUGCCGUUCAUUUUUAGGUAAAAAAAACAAACAAAAAAAAACUGGUUGGUUCAGAUGUAACUGCAAGUACUUCAUGACAGGCUGUCUUUAUUUCUCCCCUUUCAGGUCCAUGUCCUAUCUGUACCAAGAUGAAAAGUGGAGUGUGAAGAUGGAAGAAGCCAAAUCCAAGCUGAUGGACUCAGACAUCUGCUUGACUGAGAAAAUGCACUGGCUCAGAAAGAGAGUGAAGGAUGAGGACUUCUCCCUGACUGAUCUCUGGGGGUUAUUGACUUGCUCCAGAUUCAUGAAACAGGUCCCAGGAGAAAUACAUACACUUUUACUGACUAUGACCAAUUUUAAUCCAACAAUUUUGAAAAGUUUAUGUGCCCUUCAAAAGAUGUUUGUUUAAUUAGAUGGACCAGCGGCAUCUUUCUAAAGAAGCCUGGAGAGAAGCCACCAACCCCUAUCCCAUCUACUGCGCCAUUGAGAAACACUUCUUUAGAGAUGGACCACCAGAAGGUACACAUGCACCUUGAACAUGUCAUAUAAAAACCUGCAGUGACUCUGAGGUAUGGUGUAGAGAGUCAAAGAGCUUCUCUGUUUUUCAGGGAAGUGGUUUGAGAUAACUCCUCAUGAGGCCGGUUUCACAGAGCUGGGUCUCUUUGUUAAAACUUCUCAUCUGGGCAGCAAGUUUGAGAGUGGGGAGGUGGUGGAGAAAACAUCUGAGAUGGACAUGAUCCAUCUACAAGGUCUGUAAGAAUAACUUUAGAAUAGCUAACAGAAAAGAAUAGCUUUUUGUUUGUGAUUAAUAAUUGACUUAAAAUACUUGCAUUCAGAAUAUUCAAGGAAAAACUUAAAAAUACACGUACUGCUCUGAUUCUUUGGAAGAAUAUUUAGCAUGAAUGUUCACAGAUUAUCAUCUUCGAAAUGUGCAGGUAUCCUGGGCUCUGCGUUGGCAAGUGAAAGAAAGAUCAAAGAGACCAUCUUUGACUAUGGUAAAUCACAAUAAUUACAACAUGCAUAUCCAUAUUACAGCACCGUCUGCACAUUUUUACAGAAGUUGCAGGAUUUUUUUCUGUAUUUUAAGGAGAAAGGAGACAUUCAUUCAUAGUUUUUGUGUUUCAGUGAAAAAAGCUGUGGAUAAGGCACAGAAAUUUUGCAUCGGUGUAAACAACGCCAUCUAUGGUUACUUCAAUGCAACCAGAACCUUCUUCAAAAGGUUGAUUGGUGCGGACGAUGGAGUCCCUGGUAAUGAACAAUCUCCUGUAAAACUGACCUCUCUGCAGCUUUAUUCACUUCAUCAACUCUCUAGAAACUGCAAAGUCAGUGAAAGACUGCAGCUUCUCAAUUUUAGACAAACAUUAUCAGCUGUUUCUUUUUUCUUAUAAAGCAGCAGCUUAAAUAUCUUAUUUAAAAUGCCAUACUGUCCUCAUCUUAUCCAUCUUAUUUCCUCUAGUUAUUCAUAUGGAGUGCCAUUCAUUGAGUUUGGAUGAAGAUGAAUCCCAGACGGAGGAUCUGUGGGAGGGAUAUGUGAAAAAAUUCUGUCAGUUACAGGCUGAUCAAACAAAGACAUAAAGAUUGAUUUGAUCUACAUGAAUGUAAACACAUCUGUGCAUUUCUGAUUCCUUGCAGUCGUUGGGAUAAAGAAGAUCCUUUUUCUGAUUAUGUACUGGGAGUGGGGAACCACCAACAACUUCCUCUACAAAUACCAGCGUAAGGAGACAGACCCUCCAGAGUAACUCACUGUAGAUUUCUCUAAGAAAAAUAUUAACACCAACCGCCGAUACAUGGUGUUGAGUCAUGAUAUAAAAUUAUUAAAGAGGCUUUGAAGGAUAAUAAAAAAAAAAUCAUGAUCAGGGAAAUAAAAGUUUUGUUGAAUUAAAAUGUUCUGAUGUUGUGUUGCCAGACUCCAACAUGCCCGACGAACUAACCUCUAUGGAGGAUAUCAACCUGAUGGAUGCAGGGAUCCUGAUGAACCUCCCCUAUCCCUCAUUUUGGGGAGAGAAGAGAGACAUCGACCUCAUCAUCUCUCUGGAGUACAGCGCAGGGGACAUGUUUGAGGUACUGAGAGUGUGCAUGUGUAAUCAGCAGAGUUAAACAAAGAUUAAGAAAUAAUAUUCUAUUUAAAUGAAUGCGAUUGGAGGUUAUGUUAGAGCCAACAGUCUUGAGUCAUAAGGAGGCUGGGCAUUGUAAAGCAUUGUAAAGACAAGUAAAGUAUUGUAAACCAAGACCGAGUACUUGACUUAACAGUUCAGGGGUUAUUCACGGCAAGACAGUCAGCAAAGGCAGAGAAAUCCAAAAGGGCAAAUCCACACUCGUACUGACAGUUCGGCUCUCACCUUAAUAUCCUUGCACCUGGACUGCCUCACAUUUCUCAAUUAAUGCAAACAUUUUACUCCUCCAGAUGAAAGGAUCUGCUUGCCUUACAAACAUUUCAUGACAUAGAAAAAAGCAUUUUUCAUUAAGCGAUGCCUCAUGAAGAUUAAAUUAUUGCUUUGAUUUUGCUGCGGAGUGAGUAAACUGUGAAACAACCUGCACACUCUGCUCUCUGCACAGACCCUGAUUGAGGCCAAAAAGCACGCAGAGGAGCUGAAGAAGCCUUUUCCAGAGAUAGAUGACAAAGUCCUGGAGGAGAAAGAAUGGCCCAAGGACUUCUAUGUGUUUGAGGGGACAGAGAAGGCGCCCACCAUUGUUUACAUGCCACUGUUCAACAGAAACAACAGCAAAGGUCUGCUGCAAACCAUGAAACUCUCUUAAAAAGAAUUUUUCUUUAUCAAAAUCUUUCUGAUCAUGAACAUCUUUCUAUUCUGGUCCAGAUGCAGAUGAGGUUGAAGCCAAGAUGAAUAAGUUCAAAACCUUCAGGCGUCCCUUCAGCCGGGAGGAAAUCAAGGAUUUACUGGGGCUGGCAGAAGAAAACAUUAAGAGAAACAAAGAAAACAUCAUGGAGGAGAUCAAAAAGGCCGUGACACGCAGAGAAAACAAGCAGAAAUGA